CGGCGCGGGCUGCAUUAGUCCCAGGGCAACGGUCAGCGCCGGGAAUGGAGGCGGUGAACAGCGCGUUUGGCGCCUUCCCUACUGCCCUGGCCGGCGGCCUGGGCCUGGGCAUCUGUGCCACCGGAGCUGCCAUUUACCGAGCGGCCACCAGGAAGAAGCCAACACACGUGAGUGUAAACUGCUGGUUCUGCAGCCAGGAUACGACUGUACCCUAUGGGAACAGGAACUGCUGGGAUUGUCCAAACUGUGAGCAGUACAAUGGCUUCCAAGAGAAUGGAGACUACAAUAAGCCGAUUCCUGCUCAGUACAUGGAACAUCUGAAUCACAUGGUGACCAGCUGGGCAACACCCUCACAAGCUUCCAAAAUUCAACAGUGGCCAAAUGGGCAAAUUCUCUUCUGCAAGAAAUGCAACAAUAACCAGCCCCUGAAGAUCAAGCAGUUGGCAUCCUUUGUACCCAGGGACGAGGAUAAGUACGAAGAAGAGAUUGAGGUAUAUAAACACCAUCUCGAACAGACUUACAAGCUAUGCCGUCCCUGUCAGACAGCGGUGGAAUAUUAUAUCAAGCACCAGGACCGGCAGAUUCGGGCAAUUCUCUUCGACCAUCAGCUCCGUCGUCGAGAAGCAGACAAAACCUUUGUGCAGAGUUCUCACUAUUCCAGCCUCUCCACUCCGAUCAGAGUAUUAUUCCUUCGCUUUGUGGCCUUUGUCAGUUGUGCUGUGUUGGUUGCCAUGGCAGUAUAUGGAUCAGGAAGUCCAUUUACAGGACAGAAACCUCCUGCUGAAAUGCAGGUAGUUGAUCCGAUGUCCAAUAGCAGCGAUGAAACCAUUUCACCGUCUGACCAAAGGCCUGUCCAGAAUGUCACCGGCUGGGAGCAGCUGCUGGAUAUGGUACCAGAGGAAAUGUUGAUGAACCUGCAAGCUGCAUGGGAUUAUGGGAAAAACCACCAAAUGGCUGUCGUUACCACUGGCCUCUUCACCUGCCUAUUGGCUGUAUUUCUAGCUGGACGUAUAAGGCUGCGGAGGAUCGAUGCCGUGGCUUCCCUACUCUGGCUGACGGUGAUGAGCUUGCAUUUGAUGGAGAAUUACCUGCAAACCGAUGUUCCUGGUUGGCUUGACACUCUGAAAUUCAGCACCACGUCCCUGUGUUGUUUGGUGGGAUUCACUGCAACCAUCGCUACUCGAAAGUCAACUGGCCAGCGGCGAUACAGGGCACGAAGGUCAGAGUCUGAACAGUGAACAGUGGCAGAAUAUGAACUCUUGUGUGAAUGAUUCUGUCCUUAUUUAUCCAGCGGAUUGCUGUUUCCUAUCUCACUUUUCCAUCAUUUGAUUGUCUCCUAAGGACCUUAAAGAUGCAGCAUCAUUAUUUGUCGACCUAUGGAUAUGAGCUUGACUUUAUAAUAAAAUCAAACCUACACAACGAUGUACUCUUUCUACCAUCUAUGUUAGGUUAGUGGGCUUUUUUUAAAUAACUGAGUCAAUAAACCACUUAGUCAAACUUAACAAAUUAGCUGGAAAAGCAUUGAACUUUUUGAUCAAGUGACAAAACUUCAGUUUUUUUUGUGUGGAAAUAGAUCUCCUGUGGCAAUGCUCAAUAUAUCACAGGACAAAGUGAAACUCUAAUGCCUCUCAGUGGCAGUAGCUUGCAGCUACAGUGUCACUGAAAAUGUUCACUUAGGGAAUUCCCAUUUAUAUAUAGCUGGUUACAUAUGCAUUUCAGUCAUGAAGGUCGACAUAAAAAGCAUGACCAAACAUCAUGACAAGAGAAAAUGAAUGCAUCAACAAUAUAUUUAAGGUAAUAAAAAUAAAUGGUGCCUUGGGGAUAAUUUUUAAUAUAAUCUUGGAACUUUUUUGACUGGAUGCAUCCAUUUCACAAAUUAAUUUGUUGCUCGGUUGUAAGUAAACCGGCACAACAGCCAUUUUAAUGUAAUCUGACUUUGUUUUUUUUAAAAUAGUAAAUUGUACUGUUGUCAGCAAAAAAACUUAGCUUUGUGUGUUCUUUCCCAUUUAGAAACGAGCGAUUAAUGAUGGGCCUCUUUUUAAAAGACUAGAAACACUACAGUCCUCAAUGUGCUACAUUGCCUUAUAUUCAACAAAGAGCAACAAUAUUCUUGAUUUAUACUCAUAACUCAAAUGGUACUGUUGUGCUUGAUUCUUCAGUUUUGUGAUACUGACUCACAUUCUACCCUUUUCUUGCCACACGUCUAACAAACUAUCUUGCUUGAAGAAUGUAAUUCUAUGGGGAAAGAGCAAGGCAGUGGGACUGAUUGCAUAGCACUACCAGGCACAAUGAGUCGAAUGACCUCCUGUGAUGUAUCGUUCUUUCAUGUAAUUGUGAAACUGCAUUAAGACACCUUCUCCCCCACCCCCUCAAAAUUAAAUAUUGUAAGAUAAUGAUGCAUUUGACAGAUAACCGAGUAUUAGGAGUAUAGAAAGAGAAAGUGACUGUGUUUGAUUUUCUUAAAGGUGCAAGCAGUCCAUUCUAGGUCCAGAAAAAAUGAUUACUGUUUCUUUUUAAACAAAAACUUUGCAUUCCUGGCUUCAGACUAGUGAGUGGGUGAUAUGAUGGCUUUGUUUUAACACAUUGUGGAUCACGAAAGAAAUUAGGUGAUGCAUUUUUGAUGUGAUUUGUAUUCCGUCAUUUGCAAAUUAAUCAAAGUAAAUGUGUAAAAUAAAAGUAGUGCAGAUUUGUAAUUUAGUUUUCCUGUCAUUUAUACUGAAGACAGUCUAAUAUUUACGAAACAGUGUCAGUAUCACACUGGUGCCAUCAGCUCACCCAUCACUAGCUCAAAUUUCUCCUGUUUGUAUCUGCUGGUGCUCUUUUCAUAAAGUUUCUUUAACUUUUUUGAAUGCUGAAUAACUUGCUAAUAUUUCAAAUCCAGCAGUCCUGGGAAUGCUUCUGAAUGUACAAUAUAAGAUAUUUAAUGCAUGCACUAUUCAUUAGAUUUAGUUUGUGUUCACACUUAAUUUUAAAAUUAUAUAAAUGCCACAUUCAGAUCCUUAAGAAUCACCAAGUGGUUUACCUUUAAAGUCUGUGUCAGGUAAUGUGUAAUUGUUUUUUUUGUUAUUUGUGGGAUGUGGGUGUUGUUGGCAAGGCCAGCAUCAUUGCCCAUUCCCAAUUCCCCUUGAAGAUGCUGGUGAGCCAUCUUCUUGAACCGCUGCAGUUCAUGUGGAAAAGGUAUAGAACUGUUAGGGAGGGAAUUCCAGGAUUUUUACUCAGCAACGAUGAAGGAAUGGUGAAAUGUAUCCAAGUUUGGAUGGUUUGCGACUUGGAGGGGAACUUGACUAGAGUGAUGAGUGAAAUUUAGAGUAAGAUGUGUUUAAAAAUAAUAAUGUGCACAAUUUUUUUAUUUAUAAAGUUUAAUUUAUGCUUCAUAGAAAAAUUAUAACCGUCCUUUAUCAUAUUGACCUUAAGUUUCCAUGCUAAAGUUAUUGUUAACUGUAAAAUAUUAAGUUUCUUUGCAAAUGUUUUCAAUUUUAAAUGCAUUUAUUUCUUUAUAUUGAAUUAUUAUCUUGUACUUUAUUGAAAAGCCUCAGCAUUCAAAAAGGUUGUAUAUCUGUUUUUUCACCUUGUCUUUUGUUAUGCAUCUUUUUAUGCAUCUUAAUUGUUCUAGAAUGUUGUGAAAUUUGCUUAAAUUCAAACAUGCAGCCUUCCAUUUUAUUUUUUUUGCUUCAAACCCUUUUCUGUCACCUUGUGUCUUUUCUACAUUAAAAAAUAUCUUUGUACUGGUUUAAUUGGGGCCACUAAUGUCUGUUGCCAAGUAGCUCUAGCUGUAAUGUGCAUGGUUGAAGUUUCUAGGUUUAUAUGUAGCUGGUUCUCUUUAAUAAAUUGUAUAUCCAUCAUUGAA